AUGUCCGACUUGUGGUUGGAUCUUGUUUCUACAAUAAACCCCGACAACGAAGCCAUGCCAGCAGUUCUACAAUCUACUAUCAGUCUCCUAGAGUUGGAGCUGGGUAAGGCGCGUGCUGCCUUGCAACAGCUUCAGCCUCCUACCCCGUUCCUUAGCAUUGGCGAUGAAGUUGCUGUUGGUGCUAUGGCCGCAUAUCGCCAGAACCUCAUCAACCGUGCUCCUGACUUUUAUGGAUCGCGUCGCUUGACUGCUAAAGAACUAGGGCUGGAGCCUGUCGUUUGUGAACUUCCCCAAGAGAAAAUGAUUCCAAGUCCAUUGUCUCUAGAAACGGCACCCGUUACACGACGUGCGCCGAUUGAGCGGGCUUUGAGCAAUAGUCUGAUCUUGGAUCAUGUUGCACCCUACCUCUCGAUCCCAUCCUUGAUUGCUCUCGCAUCAACAUCACAACUCAUGCAUGGCAUGGUGACUCGCACCCCAUACAUAUUCCGACACGUUGACCUGUCAAACUGCAAGGGAGCACAGCUUCCUACCACGCCCCAGUCUCAGGAUAAUACUCAGACAGAGGAUCAGGCUUAUUCAGCCCCACUGCGACACAUUUUCAACAGCCUGGAGAAAAGAUCAGUGUUGCAAGAUGUUCGCACAUUGGUCUUGGAUGGCUUACCUGUGACCACUGAUCUUGUGUCAGACAUCAUCCUCAGUGACCGAUUCAAUGUCAACAUCCUAUCAAUCCGUGAAUGCCAACACCUUAAUGAAUGCAAACUUAUGCAGCUGAUUCAAUAUGCUGUUCGACCUACCCGCCCCCAGGGAACUCCACGAGUGAAGGGUAUCUACCACUUUUCACCCCGGGUCAAGGCUCCCCGGACCCCCGUACGACGCCGGGUUCACGACUGGUGGGGCUCUCGUAAUGGACGGGCCCAGGCCUCAAGCGCAAGUUCCUCCACUGCAUCAUCAGACAACGAAGAUGAUGGUGUCUCUACAAUUCCCAGACCCCAGCAAAAUGAAUGGUACAGCCCAUCAGGCAAAUUAUUCAAGCAUAGCUUGGAGGAUGGCUGGGCUGAGACCUUACAGAAAUGUGAAGGAAUCAUUGCAUUUGAUGCUGUACUCUGUCGUGGACCACGCCAUGAUGUCAAUCUUUAUUCCUCUACUGAUGAAGAUAAUCCUGCCCCAGAGGCUUCGCUUCUAGGCCCAGCCAUCGCCACAGUGGCCCUGGGCCCACGAGGCUGCGAUGGAUGUCACAGUUCACCAGAGGGACCAGCAAUCUGGGGUCAAUCUCCAGAUCACCAGUUCCCCCUACUGGAUCCUGUGCCAUUGCAUGUAUCUAGUGUUGCUGCUGCCAAGCGCCCCGAGCAGAUUCCCGGAAAACACCCUUUACUCAUUGCGCGCUGUACAGACUGCCUGACUGAUCGCUGGUGCCACCGAUGCAAUAAGUGGUUCUGUUCCAGCUGUCUACCCAAUCCUCAACAUGUUCAGAUGAGCCUGUCACCACAUCAGACUGCCGUGCGCCCGCCUCAGGGACAUGACUCCCCUCGCCGACGUCAGGUAAGGAAAUUCUAA